GACAAGCACACAUUGACAUAUAUGUUCAGCCACUAAGUCACAGCCUGCUAAUUUGUUAAUCAAGCGAUUCCUAGUCUCCAAAGACCAAGGGGAUGGUGACUUGCUUUCUAAGUGGUUAUCUUAUUGGGGAUUCCCGUGCAGUUGACUGUGUUCCAUGGAAAUGAAUGCCACCUCCGGAGGUGCAGAAGGCCAGCGUAAGAUUUACCACCAGAAGCCGGAAAACGAGGAUGAAGAAAGAGCAGAGCACUCUGAAGACGAGCAGGAAAAGUGCAAGGAAAAGAUGGGGAAGAAAACUUUGGCAGAUGUAAUUCAAGAACUGAAAACUUUCCUGUGGAAGUCAGAGAAGAAAGAAUGUAUGGGAAGAACAGCUCAGAGCUGGGGCUUGAUCUUAUUCUUUUACCUCAUUUUGUACACAUUUCUGGCUGGGAUGUUCUCCUUUUGUUUGUACGGGUUGCUGCUCGCUCUGAGCCCCUACACGCCUACGUACAGGGACAGAGUCUCACCGCCAGGAGUAAUGAUUAGACCAUACUUACAUGGAUUUAACAUUGCCUUCAAUGUCUCCGAACCCAGCACAUGGAUGCCUUAUGUGAACAGCAUGCAUGACUUCCUACAAGCUUAUGAUGACAACAUUCAAGAGGAAAAGAACAUUGAGUGCCCAGCAGGCCAGUACUUUGUUCAAGACGGAGCAGAAAGCGAAGAGAAGAAAGCCUGCCAGUUCAAGCGAUCACAACUGCAGAACUGUUCUGGGAUUGAGGAUCCCACAUUUGGCUACUCUAAAGGCCAGCCAUGCAUCUUGCUGAAGAUGAACCGGAUCAUAGGCUAUCGACCUGGCUAUGGGACACCUGUGAGCGUGAACUGUGGCAUUCAGAAAGGCGAUGAAAGUGCUCUUAAAUCAGUGGACUUCUAUCCAGGCAACGGAACAUUUGAUCUCAUGUACUAUCCCUACUAUGGCAAGCUCACUCACGUCAACUACACCUCCCCACUGGUGGCUCUGCACUUCACAGAUGUGAAGAAGAAUGAUUUUGUCCCCAUUCAGUGCAGACUGAAUGGGGAAGGAAUUGUGAAUGAUGUGACUAAUGAUCAUUUCCUGGGCCGAAUCACCUUUACACUAGGCAUCAGAAUGUAGCCCAUGCAAACAUUCACCAGGCACUUUGUUUAACUCUUUUUAUGGCAAUCAUGCUUUUUCCACUCCUCCUUUUAAACAUAACGUCAGAAUAUAACAUCUCUUCUGGUAGGAAAACACAAAUUGUUUCCUAUGUAACUGAAACAUUUCUUUAUUGGCUUAUUU